GUCAGUCAAGUUCUAGUUCAGGCAUAAGGUGUGAGAUCUAGAUGAGCACUGGGACGUCGACUGCGGAGGAAAUGCCCUCUAGCUAACGCUAAGAGUAACUGAAUCGAGUUUUUGCCUCCAGUCGAGCUGCUGCCCAGUUGAGCGUCUGUGCUUCCAAGGAACGGAGCCUCAUAUCAAGGCUCUGACAGCGAACCGGGAAGAUGCUUUCUGGAGUCGUUCAUUUCUCACUAGCAGCGCUUCUGGCUCUGCUGCCAUGGUUGUCAUGUUUCAAUGUGGAUGAGAAGAACCAGAUGUCAUUCAGUGGACCAGUGGAGGACAUGUUCGGAUACACUGUCCAACAAUUUAAGAACAGUGAGGGAAAGUGGGUUCUGAUUGGUUCUCCUCUGACUGGACAGCCGGCUAAACGGACUGGAGACGUCUACAGGUGCCCUGUGGGACAAAACAAAAGCACUGUAUGUGAAAAAUUCCUUUUGCCAGAAAACACAACAAUUCCGAACAUAAAUGAAGUGAAGGAAAACAUGACUAUGGGGACGACGCUGGUGGUUAACCCAGAUGGCAAUGGCUUUCUGGCCUGUGGUCCUCAAUACGGCUAUAUGUGUGGAAAGCAGCAAUAUGUCACUGGGAUCUGCUCGAACGUCAGCUCCUCCUUCAAAGUCCUCAACUCCAUCGCUCCCACUGUACAAGAGUGCAAGCAGGAUAUGGACAUUGUCAUAGUGCUGGACGGUUCCAAUAGCAUCUACCCCUGGGAACCCAUCACCACAUUCCUGGUCAAAUUUCUGCAGAACAUUGAAAUCGGACCAGCCCGGGUGGGCAUUGUGUCGUACGGAGACUAUGUCGGCCACGUCUUCAACCUCAGCCAGUUCAGUAACAAAAACGACCUUCUUAAGGAAGCUGCUCAGAUACCUCAAAGAACCGGCCACAAAACCAUGACAGCUCUCGGCAUUGAUACGGCAAGGAAAGAGGCCUUUACAGUGGAACGAGGAGCAAGACCAGGGGUCAAAAAAGUCAUGGUGAUCGUCACAGAUGGCGAGUCACAUGACCACUUCAAUUUGAAAAACGUCAUUGAUGAGUGUGAACGAGAUGGGAUUGAGCGAUUCGCUGUUGCUGUCCUUGGUGACUAUAAUCGACAGAACAAAAGCACUGAAGAAAUAAAGAAGUUCACUGAUGAAAUUGAAUUCAUUGCUAGCGAGCACAAAAGUGAUCACUUCUUCAAUGUGUCGGAUGAAUUAGCAUUAGUGACCAUCGUGGAUGCCUUAGGAAGCAAAAUCUUUGCUUUAGAAGCCACAUCUGAGAAUCACACCUCCUCCUUUGAGAUGGAAAUGUCUCAGUCGGGAUUCAGCGCUCACACGUCUAAAGCAGGUGUGAUGCUGGGAGCCGUAGGCGCUUUUGACUGGAGUGGGACUGUAGUGAUGCAAGAAGGGCAAGAGUUUGUUGUUCCCCAAAAGAACACCUUCCACGACCUGUCAGUGCAGAGAUACGAAGGCAUAGCGGGAUAUGUAGGUUAUGACGUGCAGUCGGCGUACACACCCAAUGGGGUGUUGUACAUAGCAGGUGCACCACGGUUUAACCACAGCGGGCGGGUGACGGUGUACCGCUUUGACGGAGAAAAUGUCACCAUAACACAAACACUGAAAGGAGAGCAGAUCGGCUCCUAUUUCGGCAGCGUUCUCCAGACGCAUGACAUCGACCGUGACAAUUACACUGACAUCCUUCUGGUAGGAGCCCCCAUGUAUAUGGGUCCAGAGAGGGACGAACAAGGUCAAGUCUACGUCUACAAACUCAAUGAGGAUGGGCUGUUUGAGCAUGAGAUGACGCUGAAGCCGGUGAAUCAGACCUGUUGUACGGCUCACUCCCAGAGCAACUGUAAGAGCGUGAGUAAGAACGAGCCCUGCGGCGCACGCUUCGGCACUGCCAUCGCUGCCGUUCCUGACCUCAACCUGGAUGGCUUCAGUGACAUAGUGAUCGGAUCACCUCUGGAGAACGACCACAGGGGGGCGGUGUAUAUUUACCACGGCUUUCAAAAAUCCAUAAAGGAGAAGUAUGUACAGCGCAUUGCUGCUGGAGGUGACGGAGAGAGCAUGAAGUUCUUCGGCCAGUCAAUUCACGGCAUCAUGGAUCUGAACGACGACGGCAUCAUUGACGUCACUAUCGGAGGAAUAGGAGGCGCCGCGCUUUUCUGGUCUCGGGAUGUCGCAGAGCUUCUUGCCGAGAUGACCUUUGACCCUAGCAAGAUCAAUCUGCAGCAGACGUGUCAGGUUCAAGGGCGGACCACAGUAUGUGUGAAGACCAAAGUGUGCUUCAAAUAUCGAAUCAAGUCUGACAAAGAAACAAGCACAGAAACGGUUAUCAGGUACAGUUUGACUCUGGACUCACUGAGAGCGAUUGCUAGAGGACGGUUUAAUGAAACGGACAGCAGGAAACUGCUGAGGAACGAGUCGAUCGUCAACGAGCUUUGCAGAGAGCACACCUUCUACACGUCGGAUAAACUGGAUUUCAGAGACCCCAUUAUGGUCACGCUGGAAUUCGGUUUAGCGGAUGAAGACUCGGGUCCAGUUCUAGACGGGGAAUUACCGACGUCACUCAACAAGACUAUUGCAUUAGUAGACUGCGGGAAUGAGGACAAGUGUGUCGCUAAUCUACACCUUAAAGCUGCUGCAAACAUCUCAAGUCUUCUCAUAAAAAGCAACCAGGAGAAAUUCUAUGUCAACAUCGACAUCCACAACAGCAGAGACAAUGCCUACAAUACUAAGGUUACACUGAGCCACACGGAAAAUAUCAACUAUGUGAAAGUGGAGCCCAAAGAUAAGGACUGUGAGACGAAUCAUACCAGAAUAGUAUGUGCGGUUGGAUAUCCUUUCCUUAAAUCUAAUAAAAAGGAAAGCUUUAGAAUCCAGUUUGAGCCUAAUCCCGCUCAUAUUCGGAAGGACAUUGUGAUCAAUGUUAAUGCAACCACUGAUAGCGAGGAGUCAAAUUCAGCACUGAAUGACAACUUUGUGAGCAUCGUCAUCCCUGUGAAGCACGAAGCCAACCUGAGAUUUACAGCGCAUACAAAGGAUCACCACCUCAUCUUUAAAGAUAAGGAGUCGAUACCCAGUGUUUUUAACCACACUAGUGUAAUCGGCGACGAGGUGAAAAUCAGCUACACGAUCCUGAGAGAGAGAGAUCCUGACAUGCCAAGUCCUCCGCUGCUGCUCUAUAUAAUGUUCCCGUAUCAAACGCCUGUUAAAAACUUUCUGCUGUACUUGACAGAUGUCUCCCUCACAGCGGGCAUCAGCUGUAAUGCCAGCAAACUGAUUAACCCUUUAGGCAUCAAGCCUGAAAAGCCUUAUACAGUGAAUUCUAAAAAAGAGACCUUGAGCCCUUUUCUUUUGAGUUGCCAAGAAAAAGAAAAUCCCUGCGUGUCAUUUAGCUGCUCCAUCCCACCUGGAGACUUCACGCAGAUCAACACCACUUUCAGAGUAUGGCGACCCACCUUCAUCAAAGGAGAAUUUUCCAACAUUCACAUGACUGUCAACGCCAGGCUGGAGAUCAAGGAGUCGGAACUGUUUAUAUUAAACGAUAAUGUCAGGACCAGAGAGGUAAAGAUUCAAGUCACCAAAGACAUACGAAGUGGAAUCCCACUAUGGAUUAUUAUCCUUAGUAUUCUUAUAGGACUUUUAAUACUGGCACUUGUCAUCUUUGCUUUAUGGAAGGCUGGAUUCUUCAAGAGAAAGUCGGUUGAGGACAUGAAGGAAGAUAUGAAGGAAGAUAUGAAGGACGCUAAUUGAAGCCUGUGGAUCUGUAGCCUCCAUCCCUCAGGUCAACUCAUACUUCACCGCUAGCCAAGAUCAUGGAGAUCACAAAGCAGAAGCAUCACCAGGAACAUUCAGAAAUAUGAAGAUCAGAGUCAUGUACGACAUCUGGGUUCACAACUAGUGUCUAGUAGAGCAUACCAAAGAGAACCCAGCGCUUUGCUUGACACUUUGAUUUAUCUUCAUAUUGCUCACUGCAAAAUUCGACUGAAUGUGAACUCAAGCAAACCUCUAAGACGCCAGAAGAUUGGUGGAUAUUUUGCCAAACCACGAUAGUCAAGCUUGAAUGGCAAAGCACCAAAGAUUCAUCUUGACUGAACUCGACAUCCCACCAGCCACCCUUGGACCUCUAUCUGUAAUCCUUCUACAACAUUCAUCAUCAGCAUUGCCAGGAACAGGAACCUGUCCUGGCAACGUCCCGUAAUCACAACCAUACACUCUUAUUGGCAACAGAUUGAAAUAUGGAGGUCUGCUCCAAUAACUCACUUUUAGAGCUUGUUUUGAUGAAGCACUGUACAGUAAUGUUUUUCAGUUCGAAGCGUUUGUUUCGAUUAGUGUUAUGGGCUAUUGGCACAUUCCUUUUUUUGUUCACAAAGCGGUUUUUGGCACUGACGUUUUUCACGCUUUUUGUCUUCAAGAAUGAAGAGGAAAAGGUCUGUACUGUAAAUGUAAAGCUUUAAAGUGUAUAUAAAGUUAUGUUUGCAAUAUCACAUUAAUGAUAAAUUAAUGGCUUUAUCAGAUUUAUUACAUCAACUGUACUCGGUGCGAUAACCUGUCUUGUUUUCUGAGGUAGAAAGCCUUCCCGCAAUAUUUCUCAGGUAUUCCAAAUGGGUUGAAGUGAAUGUCUUGAAUCAUAAAAUUGGACUGCCAUUGACUUUCUUGUUCGAUUUUUGCCAUAUGUAAAUAUCAGGAAAACAAUUACUUGACUGAAACAGAAAUGUUAAGGCUUAAGUGUGUAAUAUGCACCACUCUAGCACCAAACUAAAUCAUGACUGUUUUCAAACAGGAUUGCCAAACGCUCUCCUAUUGGUUGAUUGCCCCGUCCUAAACUCACACUAUUGGCUGAGUCAGUGGUGCUGUUGUCGGGCAGAUCAAACAAACAGAGAAAUGUUUUGAGAUCACCUCAAAGACAGAGUGUUUAUACUUUUAAGGGGAUUCACCAACAAGUUUGACUCUUAAUAUUAAUCUGGAGUAGAAGAAAGUGUUUUAACAAUAGAAAAAUGUUAUGAACCCUUAAUGGAAGCACUUUCUCCGAAACAACAGAAAUAUCACACACAGAGUGCACAAAUGCACCACUAUACAUAUACAUGAGACUAAAUUACAGAUAUUGCAAAGUGUGCAAUCAAACAUACAGUAUGAGUAUGAGUGCCUUAAUUGUGAUGCUCUGGGUCUUUGAAUGGGAAGAAGAAUCUUUCUUUGCCUUUUUAUGUCACUUAAGCAUUAAUUUAUUUAAUAAUGCUUUAAGGCAAUGAUUUCUGGUUCUGGUUCCACAGUUGUUGUUUUUUUCAGUGGUUUUUCUUUCUUAGACCACUUUUUCCUUCCCCUUUCUCCUUAUUUUUGCAUAAAAACCUAAAAGGCAGUGUUAAAAAAGGUGAAACUGACUUUGCAAGAUUUUGCAUAGGACGAAGCACCACAAUUUACAUGUUAAAGUCAAGUUUCCAUUGACCGGCAUCAGUUUCAACAUAUGUGGUUUUUGAUGUUCCUCUCUUUGCCAGAAAUGCUAUUUGUGGCAUGCUAGAACUUCAGCUUGACUCUCAAGUGUGAAUAUUGAAGCUAUUAAGCUGAUAAUGAUCAGUCUCAGUUCUGAUUUAUAUGAGUGCUAAAUAUAAUUCCAAAUAUAAUUUAAUUUUAAUUAAAUGGGUGGUUUAAUAGGACCCUCAUUCAUUGGUAAAAAAGAUAAAUUGAGUGAUUUUUUUUCCCUUUUCUUUCUUUUUUUGGAAAACAAGAAAAGAGUGCAUGCAAUGAUGUGAACAGUGCAGGAAGUUUCAGAAAAAGGGCUUUCUUUCAUUUUCAUGUGGUACUGCCUUAUGAUGUGUAGUAUACGUGUAUAAAUGUCAUUUCAAUAAAAGCUACUUUUUUUUUGUUUGAGUUAGCAUAAGUUCACAGACUCAUAUUUGGCACUGUAACGGUAACAUCCACUGUUAUACUUUUUUUUUUGUACAUUUAAUGAGAUGCCAACCUUGAUUCUACUGUAUAAAAUAUCACAAUCAACUGCAUUCAUGUUUCAAACACUUGUUUAAAAAUAAGUUGGUGAAAACUCAGAUGGGACCGUUGGUCUUGAGCACCUGUCAGAUACUCUGCUGUGAAGUUUAUAUGUAAUGCACUGGUUUGUCAUAUUGUACAUACUUUUCAGCACGGAUUUAAAAUACCUUGCACAUAUUGUCAAAAAAACGUGCGCAGAAAAAAAAAUAAAUGCUUAUUUUGUAAUUUAGACACUUUAGGAGA